GUUGUAUCCGUCCGUUCUCAAUGACAUCUUGACAAUUGACUUCCCGUUCGCCGGAACCCCAGAUCUCCAAGCUUGUCGUCGGAUCGCAGCUUCGAGGUUUUUUUUCAGCAAAGUUUCCGUUCUGCAGCUUUUUUCUGCUGUCAGAUCCGGGAAAUGGACGACCACAACGCGGCGGUUAAGCGCAUCGUCGAGGUGGUUAAGGACUUCCACUCCCGCCGGGAACCUUUCCGCAUCUUCCACGGUUCCACAAGCAGCACCCGGCCCGCCCACCGCCAGCGCGUCGUCGACAUCAGCGAGCUGCAUCAUGUCCUUCAUAUCGACACCGCGGCAUCCGUCGCCGUCGUCGAGCCUAAUGUCCCCAUGGACCAGCUCUUCGCGGCUACCUACAGGUGCGGGUUUGUCCCGCCCGUAGUGAUGGAGUUCCCAGGCAUCACGGUCGGCGGCGGCUUCGCCGGGUCAGCCGGAGAGAGCAGCUCGUUCCGCUACGGGUACUUUGACCAGACGGUGCAGUCUGUAGAAAUGAUCCUCGCGAGUGGGGAGAUUGUCAAUGCCUCCAAGACGGAGAAUCCAGAUCUCUUCAAGGGUGCGGCAGGGGCCCUGGGGACCCUAGGUAUCGUCACAAAACUGGAGCUCAGGUUGCUCAAGGCCAAGCAAUUUGUCAAGCUCAGCUAUCACUCGUACUCGACGAUUCCGGAGGCCGUUGCUGCAAUUCAACGGGAGACGAACCUGGCGCACAAUGACUACGUUGAAGGACUGGUCUUUUCGAGGACGAGCGCUGCUGUUGUUACGGGUCAUAUGACGGAUGAUCUGCCCGACAAGUGCCAGCCCCAGACGUUCAGCAGGUCCAAGGAUCCUUGGUUCUAUCUGCAUGCACGAAAACGAAUCGCAAAUGGCACACCAACGCCAGAUUAUGUGCCGCUGCAGGACUACCUUUUUCGAUAUGAUCGAGGUGCUUUCUGGAUGGGCGAGUUGGCCUUCAAAUAUUUCGGCUUUGUCCCGUUCAACAGACUCACUCGCCGGGCUCUAAACCGUCUUAUGGACACGAGGACAUUAUACAAGGCCGGCCUGAGUGGCAACAGCCGAAUAACAUUCAAAUACACGAUCCAUGACCUCUCGCUGCCAUACACCACAGUCCAAGAAUUCAUCGACUAUGUGGCAGAUAACCUCGAAAUAUGGCCCCUCUGGUUGUGUCCCCUCCGUGCCACUGAGACCAUCGGCUUCCACCCAUACACGAUGGAGCCUGGCGGGGAGACGCCGCAGCCGAUGCUUAAUGUGGGCGUUUGGGGAGCGUCGUCAAGAAAGAUUGACAGGUUCGUCCGUCAAAACCGGGAUCUCGAGGCGAAGGUCAUGGAGCUGGGCGGACGCAAGGUGCUGUACUCCCACGCGUACUACACCGAGUCACAAUUCUGGGAGAUGUACGACAAGGAUUGGUACACAAAGCUGCGAGACCGGUACAGCGCAACGAGUUUACCGACGGUUUAUGACAAGAUUACGGUUGAUGUGAGCAAGGAACGGAGGAGAAAGUCACUGAAAGAUAGGCUUGCGAUCACGUGGCCGGUCGCUGGCCUUGUUGGUGUUUGGUCCGCAGUACGGAAGUGAAAGCAGAGCGAUUUAUACGGCCGAUAAUGGGAUGGUUGUUUGAUAUCUAUGGGCGAUGAUCAUUGUUCGGUGCCAUUUCUGGGAUGCUUGUAAUGUGUUAUGAGAGCAUGUUGCCAUGAUGUUGCGGAAUGUCGGCGUGCUUAUGUGCACUUUUCUUGGCGUCAAAUGUUUCUGCUUCCUGGAUACUUGGCGGAGUUCAAGGGCUUCUCUGUGUUCGAGUUACGUGGUUUUUGUGAUACCUGUCAUACCACUUUUGGGAUUUCGUUGUCGGUAGCAAGUUUAGCAUUCAGCCCCAGUACUGCGCA